CUAAGUGUCUGAAACACUUAUAUGUUCAAGGACAAAAUAGGCAAAAUAGAAACGGUCAUUUAAAAUGGCGUCAGCCGCCACACCCACGCGGCUAAUACUCUGGAAAAUGCCAACGCCGGCAAUGGAUCGCCGGUGCGGUCCAGUGGUGCCGGUGUGUUGUUCGCUGUGCAAACAAGGCCAGCGCUUCCUAAGCUCCCUCGCCACCACCGACGAAUCCUCCUCAGCCGCCCACCACCGCUCACUUCGAAAGUUCGUUAAAACUUCAUCCAAACACGUGGCUCUGGAUACUCUCUCUCAUCUCCUCUCCCCCACCACCGCUCACCCUCACCUCUCCUACCACCUCGCCCUCCCUCUGUACCUCAUAAUGAGCCAAGCUUCAUGGUUCAGCUGGAACGCUAAGCUGUUGGCGGAUGUAACAGCUCUCAUGUACAAGCAAGAAAGGUUCAUCGAAGCUGAGGCCUUAAUUCUCCAGGCCCUCAAGAAGCUGCCGGCCCAUGACCGAGAUCUGUGCAAUUUUUAUUGUCAUCUCCUUCAUUCCAACGCCAAGCACCGGUCCAGCAAAGGAGUCUUUGAUUCACUCACGAGCUUGAAGGAGCUUCUCGCUCGUUCGUCGUCGGUUUACGUGCAAAAACGAGCGUACGAGUCGAUGAUUAGCGGUCUUUGUGAGAUUGGGUUGCCCGGCGAAGCUGAGGAUUUGAUGGAAGAAAUGAGAGGUGUGGGGCUAAAGCCAUCCGGGUUUGAGUUUAAGUCCUUGGUUCAUGCUUAUGGAAGGUUAGGGUUGUUCGAGGAUAUGAGGAGAAGUGUGACUCAAAUGGAGGACGCAGGGGUUGAGUUGGAUACGGUUUGUUCAAAUAUGGUGCUUUCUUCACUUGGAUCGCACAAGGUUUUCUCCGAAAUGGUUUCAUGGCUUCGGAGAAUGAAAGAUUCGGAGGUUUCAUUCUCUAUUCGGACUUAUAAUUCAGUCUUGAACUCAUGCCCCACUCUCAUUUUACUGCUGCAAGAUCCCAAAACCAUUCCCCUUUCAAUGGAAGACUUGAUGGGCAAUUUGUCCCAAGAGGAGGCUGAUUUGGUCCGGGAGUUGGUUGCAUCAUCCGUUCUGGACGAGGCAAUGGAAUGCAAUUUUGCCGAGUUGAAGUUGGAUCUGCACGGAAUGCAUUUGAGCACUUCAUGUCUGAUUUUCUUGCAGUGGAUUGACAGGCUGCGGCUGAGGUUUUCGGCGGGAGACAAUAUGGUUCCAACUCAGAUCACAGUGGUUUGUGGGUCGGGAAAACACAGUGCUUCAAGAGGGGAAUCCCCAGUGAAAGGUCUGCUGAGGGAGAUGAUACUGCGGAUAAAGUGCCCUCUAAGAAUUGACAGGAGGAACCUCGGAUGUUUUGUUGCCAAAGGGAAAGUUUUCAGUGAUUGGUUAUGCUGAUUUCUCAGACUGCUCCGAAACUAAGAUCAUGCUGAUGGGCAGGUAUCGAUGAAGAAUAAUAACAUGGUAGCAUUAAUUAAGAUGGGCAUGCCUUUUUCUUCUUGUCAUCUCAUUUUCAACUUACUUGGGUAAGGCUAAAAAACCUUGAUCUGCUGAGAGUGCUGACUGAAUCUGGCAGCCCCUGUAAUGCGUCAACUUCAUUAUACUUCCAAUACAAAGCGUGCAAUGCAUUAUGCCUGCAAUGGUCUUCUUUUACUAUUUGCUGGCACAAGGAGCAAAGAACCGCCAGCAUUACUUUGCCCCAGGUGUGGCAUAAUUUAGCGGAUCCAUUUACAAAUUUACAUCAUGACAAAAUUCUUGGAGUGAGGCCCUCCAAAUUUACAAGGAAAUGCACUCAACAAUAACCAGAUCAUCGUAGAAUCGAUGACUAUACAUACAACUGGCAAUCCAAGGUUUAUAUAAAAUCCUUUUCUUGAUAUU